GAUGAACCUGCCACGAGUUUGCCAGAAUCAGUGAAAACUGUGACCCUUCGAAGUUUUGAGGACACUUCUUUUUUCAGUUGAGUAGAUCCACUUUGAAAGGACUAAAAAGCAGAUGAAAAGGUGGUUAUGCCAAUUUAAUGAGAAAUUUUAAUGACAGUUAUGCCUACAUGCGGUCACCAAUGCUGUAAUUGUAAUUCAGGUGCGUCUAUCAUUGAAGACCUCUUCCAGACAGUUUAUGUUUGUUUUUUGGUUUUGUUUUGUUUUGUUUUUUGUUUGUUCUUUUUUGGGUUUUUUUGGGGGGGGCAGUUGUUUGUAAUUUUUUUUAAACUGCAAUUGAUAAAGAUAUUUCCUUUCAGGGUGAAACUUUAUGGACAUGGCUUCGCAUACCUGAUUUUUUUUUUCCAUUUUAGAAAUGGAAAUCUGGGCAAAGAUAACUAGAGCUGAAGUCUGUUGUGAAUGAUAAAGAUCCACAGGUCGAUUGAGUGCUCAAGAUGUGGACAGAAUGGCUGGGAAAAGGGAGAGAUUUAGCUGUUUAUCAUGGCAGAAUGUGGGAAAAAUGACAGCAAAAACACUGUUUUCGUGUAACAUUACAACAGCAUUUUUGUCUUUAAUUAUUGCAAAGAAAUGUGAAGCCUAUGAUGUGAUGUUGAAGCAAAGUCUUGUGCCUAAUGGGCAGCCUCUUGCUAUUAAAUGUUCACUGGAAAAGAGUUUGAAAAGUGGAGACUACAACUUAACAUGGUAUAAAGUUGGUAACCAGAAAGCUGUGCCUAGAGACAAACUGUCUAGAGUUCAUCAGCAGAAGGAUUUAAUUUGGUUUCUUCCUGCAAUGUUAGAAGAUUCUGGAGAUUAUGAAUGUGUCAUAAGGAAUUUGACAAGCUGCAAGAAAAUGUGUACAAAAGUAACAGUUUUUGAGAGGAUUGAUGGUUUAUGCUUACAUGAAAGAUUUGCUGUAGAGGAGGUGAUAUUCACUUCAUCUUCUGCAAAGGUUGUGUGUCCCCACUUGGACUUUUUCAGGAAAGAGAAGAAUAUUCACCCUGUUCGUUGGUAUAAGGACUGCCAGAUACUGGAAGGAAAAAGGUUUGCCCUUUCAAACAGUGACCUUAUAAUAUUUGAUGUGACUGUACAUGAUCAAGGAAACUAUACAUGUGAAACAAUGUAUACCUACAACGGGAAACAAUAUAACAUUUCACGAGACAUCAGUCUGAUUGUAGAAUUGACCCCACCGAAAAAGCCUCCAGAAAUAAGUUACCCAAGAAACAACUCAAUUGAAGUGGAACUCGGCUCACAGGUUACUGUGGAUUGCAAUACAACAGGUGCUGAUGGGUAUGAGGUGUACUGGACAGGCAACGGUGUGUAUAUUGAUGUAUUUUAUAUGAGCAGAAUCUUUUCAAGUUCCUAUGAGGGAGAAACUUCUUAUGAUGGGCGCCCUAUGCAUUCCGUGAAGCUAAUAAUUUCAGAAGUGAGCAGUGAAGAUUAUGAACAGCCUUUUGUAUGUCAAGCUUCAAAUGCCUUUGGGCAAGUUGCAUCCUACAUUAUAUUAAAACACAGAGUUCCUGACAUACGAAGAUGGCUGACUGGAGGGCUUGUCUCUUUGUUAAUUUUAACAUUUAUUACUUUAAUAAUCUACAAGAUUUUCAAGAUUGAUUUGGUGCUUUGGUACCGUAAUUCUGUCUGUGCCCUUACAAGUAAGGAAGAUGGGAAAAUCUACGAUGCGUAUGUCCUGUACACAAAAAGCCAUGAAGGCAGAAGUAUCUGUUGUCUGGAAACCUUUGUUCGUAGGAUACUCCCAGAUGUUUUAGAAAAACAAUGUGGAUAUAACCUUUUCAUAUUAGGAAGGGAUGAUUUACCAGGAGAAGCUGUGGUCAGUGUUGCUGAUGAAACUCUGCAGCAAAGCAGAAGACUGAUGAUUAUUUUGGGAUCAGAAACAUCUAGGUGCUGCCUGUUUGAAGACUCCUCUGAGCAGCAACUAGCUAUGUAUAAUGCUCUCAUCCGUGAUGGGAUUCAAGUGAUUCUCAUAGAAAUGGGUGAAAUACAGGACUACACAAGCCUGCCAGAAUCAAUCAGAUACAUUAAGCAAAAACACGGAGCUAUUCAAUGGAAAGGGGACUUCUUGGAGAAAUCUUGUUCAGCAAACACAAGAUUCUGGAAAAAUGUGCGCUAUCACAUGCCAUCCAGGAAAAAGGUAUCUUACUCUGAAGUGCAUUUGUUGCCCCUAACUUCAAACAGUUCUACAGCAAAGGGAAGCUAA